AUGGUAUCCGCACCACAGCAUACAUCCACGGCAUCCGCGCCGGGAUAUAUAAACACGCCAGGACACACAUUCAUGGCAUCCGUACAACAGCAUACAUCCAUGGUAUCCGCGCCAGAACAUACAUUCACGCCAGGACACACAUUCAUGGCAUCAGCACAACAGCAUACAUCUAUGGUAUCCGUGCCAGAACAUACAUUCAUACCGGGACACACAUUAAUGGCAUCAGCACAACAGCAUACAUCCACGGCAUCCGCGUCGGGACAUACAUCCAUACCAGGUCACACAUUCAUAACAUCCUCACCACAGCAUACAUCCACGCCAGGACACACAUUCAUGGCAUCCGCGUCAGGACACACAUUUAUGGCAUCCGCGCCAGAACAUACAUCCGUGGCAUCCGCGCCAGGACACACAUUCAUAACAUCCGCACCACAGCAUACAUCCACGCCAGGACACACAUUCAUGACAUCCGCACCACAGCAUACAUCCACGGCAUUCGCGCCAGGACACACAUUGAUGGCAUCCGCGCCAGAACAUACAUCUAUGGCAUCCACGCCACAGCAUACCAUGUCGUCCACACUAGGAUAUACACCUAGGAUGCCACAAAAAUUCAUUCCUGCACCAAGAUAUACGUCAGUACCAUCAGCAGAAUAUAUACGUGCGCCACAAAAUUCGGUGCUAGUAACACAUAAACAAUUCAAGAAUAUGUUGCGGCGAGCAAUCCAGAAAACAAAAAAAGAUUGGCCAAACGCAUCAAGAUAUACGCCCGUGCCGCCUGCACCAGGAUAUACACCCGCGCCGCCUGCACUAGGGUAUAUAUCCGCGCCACCUGCACCAGGAUAUACACUCACACCGCUUGUGCCGGGAUAUACACCCGCGCCGCCUGCAUUAUACGGAUAUACUCCCGCACCGCCUGCACCAGGAUAUACACCUGCGCCGCCUGUAUCAGGAUAUACACUAGCGGCGCCUGUACCAGGACAUACACCCGCGCCACCUGCACCAGGAUAUAUACUACCGGCGCCUGUACCAGGAUAUACAUCCGCGCCGCCUGCACCAGGACAUACACCCGCGUCGCCUGCUCCAGGAUAUACACCCGCGUCGUCUGCUCCAGGAUAUACAUCCGCGCCGUCUGUACCAGGAUAUACACCCGCGCCGCCUGCACUAGGAUAUAUUUCCGCGCCGCCAACAUUAUAA